AGGUUUGGACCACAUGGAAUCCCUGUAACCGUUCAUCCUAAACGAGAAUACAAAAACAAACCAGAGGAACCUAUCCAGGUACAAAGCACAUCAUUCCAGGAAGACACGAAAAAAGAAAUUAAUAAUGAGGAUGGAACUGCAGAUGCCUCUCCCAUCCAACCCAGUGAGCCCUGUGGAGUUCAUAACCUGUGGACUUCAAAGCCUCCUCCACUUUUUCAUGAAGGAGCUCCUUACCCCCCUCCUUUGUUUAUCAGGGACACUUAUAACCAGUCAAUACCUCAACCUCCUCCACGUAAAAUCAAGAGACUCAAAAAGAAAAUAUACAGGGAAGAACCCACUUCGAUAAUGAACGCUAUCAAGCUAAGGCCUAGGCAGGUAUUAUGCGACAAAUGUAAAAAUGUUGUGGCAGAUAAAAAGGAGGUCAGGAAGACUGGUACUGACUCUUUUAAACUAGAAGAAGGAAAGCGGAGGAGGCAUGAAAGUGUAACUACUGUGAAUAAAAAACUCAAAACUGAUCACAAAGUAAAUGGAAAAAGUCAGAAUGAAAGUCAGAAGCGAAAUUCAAUGUCCAGGGUUACAAAUCUUAGCCAUGGUCGUGGAAAAGUGGUCAAAGUGGCUUCCCAAAUGAAUACCACAAAAGCCCAGCUGCACACAAAAAAGGUACUGCAGAGCAAAAAUAUGGAUCACGUAAAGGCAAGGGUAGUAUUAAAAAUGGCCAAAGAAAAGGCACAGAAAAAGCAAAAGGACGCAUCUUCCUCUAAAAACACCCACAACAAAGUCCACUUUACAAGGCGCCUUCAGAAUACAAGCUCAGGGACUCUUCCACCAAGACUACGUAUAAAACCUCAAAGGUACCGCAAUGAGGAGAACGAUUCUUCACUCAAGAUUGGACUUGAGAGUUUGCGAAGCAGCAAGAUCGGUAUCAAGCCCCAGACUCGCCACACUGCCACCCGUUCAGCAGGUGAGGCCCCUUCAAAUGGCCCUCAAGAGGCCAGCAGUGAUAUUCAGAACACAAGUGUCUGUGUACCACCUGGCGAACAGGAUGAGCAGCAAACACUGAGCAAGCAAGGCAGCAAAAGCAAUAUUACAGUUUACAUGACCCUAAAUCAAACGAAAGCCGACUCUUCCAGUGCUUCAGUGUGUAGUAGUGAUAGUACAGAUGAUUUGAAAUCCAUCCACUCCGAGUGUAGUUCUACUGAAAACUUUGAUUUCCCCCCAGGCAGCAUGCAUGCACCUUCUUCAUCAUCUUCCUCCUCUUCAAAAGAAGAGAAAAAGUUGAGCAAUUCCUUGAAAAUAAAGGUGUUUUCCAAAAAUGUCUCUAAAUGCAUGACCCCUGAUGGCAGGACCAUAUGUGUUGGGGACAUCGUAUGGGCCAAGAUAUAUGGCUUCCCAUGGUGGCCUGCCCGUAUUCUUACCAUAACUGUCAGUCGGAAAGAUAAUGGCCUGCUUGUGCGGCAGGAGGCCCGCAUAUCAUGGUUUGGGUCCCCAACCACCUCCUUUCUUGCUUUGUCACAGCUGUCCCCCUUUUUAGAAAACUUCCAGUCCCGAUUUAACAAGAAGAGAAAAGGUCUUUACCGCAAGGCCAUCACAGAGGCAGCCAAGGCUGCCAAGCAGCUCACUCCAGAAGUGCGGGCCCUUCUGACACAAUUUGAAACGUGA